GGUAUAUUCAAUUCUUGUUUUCACGCGAUUUUCCCCACCGCUCAACAGAAUGGAACGGUUCAGUCUGGAUUCAUUCCUAAACCGAUUCAAAUACGGAGGUGAAUUUGUACGGCGCUAGAAAUGUUUAGUGUCGGCUGUAUCAAAAAUAUCAGGUUAAAAGCUCCCAGAUUCUCCAACAAUUCUUCAUCUUUUUACAACUUCCAUAAUCAACUUCCUACCUGCGACAAAGUCAACAACUCCACACACGUUCGACAAGAACUUUCUUUGAAUACAAAUAAACAUAUUCGAUACUUUAUCAACGCAAACACGCGAACAUGGAUAACGAAAAGCGUUCGUUCGAUUCAGCCAGUACCAUCACUGAUGGCAAGGCCAUCCCAGUUCCUACAGCCGCUCCUCAGUCUCUUUUCAAGCGACUAGCAUUACAAUUAUUUCCAAAGACUGGAAGUGGCUCUGGUAGGAGCAAUUGCUUCACUGGUUUAUCUACCAAUAGCUCAUCCCAAACUCUUGCAAAUAAGCUGGCUACUCUAGACAGUGCCCAAGAGAAGGACUCAGAAGCUGCUAAUGUGACAGUUGGCUUCAAAUUAGACGCUGUUCAGGCAAGGCUCCCUCUCGAGGGGUAUUAUGCAAUUCAGACAACAAGCAAAGGAUAUUACCUAAUGAGAAAGGAAAUGGUCAAUCAGCGAUCAAUACCACUGUUUGACAUGAUAUUUGGCAAGGAUUCAUUGAGAGACAUCAGUGCAGUUCCUGCAGCAACGCUAGCCGACUACGAUAACUUCGCUUUGGGAAUAUUUGUCUUGUGGAUUAGAAAUCGCGGUAGUAGAUCCAUGAUAUAUGAUCAUCUAUUUGAGGAAAAAGUCUGCACACGUGAGGACAGAGUUGAAACUCUUGAUCUUAUGAUCAAGCUUCUUUUCUUUGCCGACAGAUACUCGCUCCAUGAAUUUCAAGAUGACCUUCUCGAAUUAUUCAUAGAGAUAUCCAAAGAAGACAGUUCACCACUGGAUACAGUCCACGUUCUCAAGUUCCACAAUCAACUAUCGCGAAAUUCAAAGAUCAGGGCCUUCUUAAUUGAUAUUGUUGCUUUCACCAUCAAGGAAAUCGAGGAUUCAAGAAAGUAUAGGAGAAAGGCAGCAUUGAACUGCGAUCUUUCAUUCAACAAGAGAGAAAGUCUCGUUGAGCUACGUCGCUUGCUUCACGGCGGCAAAAUUCCAUUUCCAUAUCGAAAGCUUUCUGAUCCUCGGGAUGCUCCAAGUUGUUAUUACCACCACCACGGCCGUGAGGAAGAAUGUCCCCAUAAGACUGUCGCGAGCUCUCCUGUCUCCGAGACUUGCAGGGAAAAGGCAUAACCUCGGGAGAUGGAGCUACGAUGAGGUUGAUAUGAUUGACGGGAUAAUGAGAGGAUGGGAGCAAGGGAUCCGGAACCAGGAAUAUCUGAUCAUCGUGUGGGCGUGAAUUUUUGCGAUUGCUCUCAGGCAGAUAUCAGCAUUUCUAGAAAGGGAAAACUUCUAGGAUAAUUACAUACCAAUGACCUAUUUUGCAGGUUCAAAUAAGUGAUGAACAAUGCGCGAACUUUCUUAUGCUUCAUGAUGUUCAUGUUUCUCUCCAUGUGGUAUGAAUCUCACAACUGUAUCGAUA